CUACAUCCGCCGAUACGCUAAAACCUUCAGGUUACCUUAUGAUUCUGUAUCAGGUUCAUCUGCACAUCCCAUACCUACUUAUAUUUCACAAUAUCGAAUAUUCUUCGUAUUACCAGCCACUCAGUCAUAUUAUCAAUAAUUGACAUAGCGAUAUAUCUCUUUCUUGGACCCCACUGUUGUAUCUGAAUAGUUCCUUUUCCUAGUUCUCGGCUUCACUUUCUCAUAAGGUAUGUAGUAUAACCAUCAUGAGUGGAUGGCAAAUGUACCACAGGCUUGUAAUGUUCAUUGGCACUGACUCUUCGCAGACAUCAUUUUAAAUAUAAAAAUCUGUUCCUUUCCACCAUCUGCGAAUCUCAACUUCACGGUUCCUCCUCAUCUACAAUCUCACACAAGUUCCAAACUCACCCCAGAAAUUACCAGCAAAGCCUAUAAUCCUAUUCCAGAUAUGACGAGUGCAGCAGCAAGUCUGCUUGGCAGACAACUCAAAGAAAUUCAAAAAGCAAAAGACUUACCCGGUAUAAGCUGUGGGCUUGUGAAGGAUAACAUAUUUGAAUGGGAGGUUAUGCUUAUGUUGAGUGAUGAAUGCAAAUAUUAUGGUGGUAUGUCCUAACCACAUUUUAAUACCACUCAUUGUCAAAAUCCUGCAAAACUCAUGCUAACAAUAUAUCUUAGGAGGCAACUGGCGUUGUCUACUCUCCUUUCCCGAAGACUAUCCACAUGCACCACCAAAGCUUACCUUCUGCGAUCCAAUCCCAUUUCACCCAAAUAUCUACCCUAAGACUGGUGUUCUAUGCAUUUCUAUUUUACAUCCAUCAGGACAUGAUGAAUAUGGUUACGAAGACGCAAGCGAAAGAUGGACACCAAUACAAACACCAGAAACUAUCUUACUGAGUGUGGUUAGUCUCAUGAAUGAUCCGAAUGAUAGUAGUCCAGCAAAUGUGGAAGCAGCAAGAUUAUGGAGGGAGGCACAAGCAAAUCCAAAAGGUAAGGAAAUGAGGGAAUGGAAGUCAAGAUGCAGGGCUUUGGUCAGGCAGAGUUUGGGAGAAGAGUAGUACUGAAUUUGUUUAUUGAAAUGGUUAGUUAUGGAUUUAGCCAGGAUCUUGUUGGAGGAUAGUGAUAUUUUGAUGGAUGCGGGGGAGGAAUAUGUUGGAUCAGGAGUUAUAUUUGCAUAUUGAAUGCACAGCGUCAGCGGAUUGAAUUUGUUUUGGGCGUUGCAUGCACUAUACCUUUUGUGAAAUAUGGCAUAGCGCAUUGAAUGAGAGUAUAUGACAUUUAAAUACUCGGUCAUGUUAAAUCUUUGUAUUUGCGAGUGACUUGACGAUAGUACAUUAGCAUUAAUUAAAUAGUAU